UGAUCAUCGUGAGGAGAAAUCUUUAUUUGUACUUAACUGGUUCCCGGCAAGAUAUCAAAUUCAAAGCAAAUGUCCACCACAUUCGCCUCGCGUUAUGGAGACUUCAUACGCAGCAGUAGCCCAGCACGUAAGAGAGAAGCUAGUGGAGGGAGAGCGCCGCACAGGCCAAGUUGGGGGAAUGCAUAUAAUGGCCCAUCAAAGUCCUCUUCGUUUGCAACCAAGACUUCCUCUUCAUCAACUUCAAAAG